UCAUGAAAUACUUUAUUAUUGUACUGUUUUUGGCAAUUGCGCUUUUAGACGGUAAGGGUAUGGUUAUUAUACAUCUAAUGUCUUAAAUGAUGUUUAAUUUUGAUGAUACAUGUAGAAUAUCACUUAAACAUUUUGAGUGUGUACUGCAGUAUGUUGAGUGAUUUUUUAUUUUCGUUAACAAUGAUUGUAAUCGUGUAUUUAAUAGCUGAAAAUGUAAAAAACUUAAAUAAUUGGUGAGUGCUAAAAUAUUUACUGUGAUCUACUAUUGUCUCAUAAGGUAGAAAUACCGUGUUUUAUGCACAUUCCUUUCAAAUUAAACUCAGUAUCCUUCAUAAGCAACAUCGUUUUGACAUUUAUUUAUCCUUUUUGGUAUAUUAAAACAAUUGUAUUAUCGGUGGUUAAUCUUAUUUGGGAUUAAGAGUGCAUCUUUAAACAUAUAUGAUCUAACUGAGGUCAUGCGAGGUCAUACGAUCAGAUUUUACUUGUAAGGCUUAUUGACCACUGUGCCAGAGUUCUCAUGAUGCCAAAUAUUAAUACUCCCGAACAGUUCCAAUGGUUACUCACCUUGAUGUUUCAAUCAUCUCAAGUAUUGCAUUUGUCUUCCCAGGCGUAGAAGUAGAGUGUAAGGGCGGUGGGGGCGGUCGUGGCGGUGGCGGUGGCGGUAGAUCCUCCGGAGGACGGAGUGGUGGCAGGUCAGGUGGCUAUGGCAGAGGGGGAAUAGGGGGAAAUGGGUCGAGUUCCGGUGGGACAAAGUCCAACACUAAUAUAGUGUUUUGGUUUAUUUUGGGAGGAGUCGGAGUGGCAUUUCUGGCAAUACUAAUUUGCUGCUACAAUUCGCGAACUAGAAAAGCUAAAGAAGGAAGAGUCAUUCAAGCUGCGCCACUACAGUCAGUAAGAACUGAAUGUGUGAACAAUCAACCACCCCCCUACGAGUCAUUGAGUCCGAUAGAUACCACAUCAAAUGCCAAACAACCUAUGUUCACCGCUUCUGUGAAUUAUACAACCGGUUUACAGCCGGAUGUGUAUCAUACAAGUACAGUUUUAAACCAGGAAAGAAACUAUCCCCCAAAUUGGAAUUACAGUGGGAACCUAGGUAGACUUAAUCCACAUGAUCAGAAAACUGUUGCUAAUGCUAAGCCAAAGAAAGAUAGGACUAAGAAAUCUAAAGACACUAAACAGCAAUUUGCAAUAUCCUUGUAGUACAGUAGACUUCACGUCAUGUGUUUGAUGGUGAGGUAAACCGUUCAUUUGCUUGGAUAAAAUACUCAUAUAUUGUAAUUUCUCAGGAAUAAUUUACAAUGUUACUUUUUCAUACCAUGCUUCAUCUUAUCUAUAAUGAAAUUGAUAUAUUUGAAUAUGUUACUUUAUGAAAGGAAAACUGAUAAAAUUAUAGAUGUUU